UCUAACAGAUUCUCUCCGCUCUCGCGGGCGAAAAGUGCAGUGAAAAGUGCUCCCAGGAACUAAAAGAAUAAGUUAAAUUAUUGAAACUGCGAGUGCUUAUUACUUUUGGCUUAGCGCGCAGUAAAAAAAAUAUAUAUAAUUCGUCGGAACAAUUGUGUUUGAUUGAACUUCGUACAGUUAUUAUUUGUUUUUCCUUGCAAUUGCAAAGAAUACUCAAGAAUAAAAGAAAACGCUGAUAAGCACGAAGAACAACAAAAAACAGUUGCAUUUGGAGCUUGCACCAAUUUAAACACCCACAUUGCACCAGAAACAAUUUAAAGAACAAGACUGAACAACCACGCCCACACAAUAUUUGUAAACUAGUAAAUCAAAAGCCACCGCUCAAAAGAACUCGAAGAUACCAAAUCAAAAUUCACUUGUUGAAGAGAGACCAAGCCAAUCCAAGACAAGAUGUCGUCGCGUUCCAAGGAGAGAGUUGUCACUGCAUUCCGCAAAAUCUUCCACAAGUCCAGCAAUAAUAACAACAACCAUAAUAAUAACAUAAAUAAUAACAACAAUGACAAGAGUGAUGGCGCCACUGGCAGCAGUCCGAACAUAAACAAUAAUAACAAUCACGAUGGGGCUGCUCCCUCAUCAGCAGGAGGCGGGGCAAUGGGCGGUGGAGCAGUAGGCGGCGGAUCAUCGGGAUCAUCUGGUGCCACCAAAAACGCCGUAGUCCGUAUGGCAGCCGAGCAGGCUGUUUGGGACUCUCCAGGCAAGCGGCGACGACAAGAUCACAAAGUGGCGCCGACGACGGGACGCCAACUGGUGGCGGCGCCGGAUCAGACGAUUCGAUCCCGCCGCCUCAUGAAGGAAUACCGCGAAAUGGAGCGACUGCAGUCCAAGCACGGUGCUGUCUUCACUGUGGAACUUGUCAACGACAGUCUGUUCGAGUGGCACGUACGCCUGCACGUGAUCGAUCCCGACUCACCUCUGGCCAAGGACAUGGUCGAAAUGGGUGUGCCGGCCAUCCUGCUGCACCUGAGUUUCCCCGACAACUUUCCCUUCGCCCCGCCGUUCAUGCGCGUGGUGGAGCCGCGUAUCGAGAAGGGCUACGUGAUGGAGGGCGGAGCCAUCUGUAUGGAACUUCUAACGCCACGCGGAUGGGCCAGUGCCUAUACGGUAGAGGCGGUCAUCAUGCAGUUCGCCGCCAGCGUAGUUAAGGGUCAGGGCAGGAUCACGCGAAAGCCAAAGAGUACAAAAGAGUUCACUCGUCGCCAAGCCGAGGAAUCGUUCCGUUCGCUGGUUAAGACACACGAAAAGUACGGAUGGGUAACGCCCGCCUUGUCCGAUGGUUAAGUGCGGUUUCCGAACCGCAAGAAAACUCAGCUCAGAUGCUCUGCGUUUGCCAACACCCAACCAAUGCAAAUCAAUAUUCAGCCCCCCAAAAAAAGUCUCGCUCAUAAUAUUCCAUCAAGCCAUCGAUACAUCUUUCUUCUCUCGAUGCGUUUCAUCUACUUUGUCAAGUAACAAACGAUUUCAAUUGCAAACCAUCCAUAAAGCAACCGGAGGAACUCUUGGAACACACAAAAAAAAAAAAAAGGAAACGCGCAUCAAGCAACAAAAUAGCUUAAAAUGUAACUCUAGCUCGUAGUCAUCAGUAAAAAGGAAUAUUCGCCGAAUACAAAAUGGAUAUUUAAGUAUUAUUAGUUGAGCAAAGAAGAAAAGCGAAGAACGGAUGAGCAGCCAUUUUCCAAAACAUUUUCAAUCGCAUAGCGCUAUACAAUAAGUUACGUAUCGUUUACAGAAUCAAUUAGUCUGAUAUCUUUGUUCGACUGUGUUAUUAUAAUUUGUUGUGAUUUUUGUUAAAGUUAAACAAUGAAGAAACCAAAUUACAACAGCAGCUUGUGAACACUAAUGUGUUCCACAUAAAUUCGACUUUCUCUUUAAGUUACGCAUAAUAAAUAAAUACAACAUGUGUC